AAGCGCGAUUUUAGGUAAUUGCAGGGUAACAGAAACCCCAUCGUGGCAGUUGCGAGGGGGUAAGAGAAAUUGGCCAUCCUUCCUUUACGGGGCAAACCGUUGAACGGUGUAAGCACGACUUAUCGCGCCAUCGGGGUGCUCACUCUUGGGUGUUUGCGCAUUGCUUCCGAGCGGAUUCCGAACUGAACGACGGAUCGGAACAGCCGUCGAAAAGUCUGGGCGGCGACGAAUAUGGCAGACCGAGAGAAGGCGCAGUGUUAUCAUGGGUUGGUGGAUAUGGGAAGUAACGGCAUCCGCUUCUCCAUCACCGACCUCUCGCCUCAAUCAGCCCGGAUCCUCCCCACAGUCUAUCUCUCCCGCGCAGCAAUAUCCCUCUACGACGCGCAGUACACGCCAUCAUCUACCACGCCCAGCCCCAUUCCUGCAUCCACCAUCGUGAAGGUCCUCAACUCCCUAUUGCGGUUUAAAUCCACAUGCCGCGAUUUUGGCGUACCAGACCACCAGAUCCGCGUCGUGGCCACCGAGGCUACGCGUAAAGCUGUCAACUCCGAAGACUUUAGGAGGCAGAUUGAGGAAAAGACGGGAUGGAAGGCGCAGUUGCUGCCAAAGGAGGUAGAAGGCAGGGUGGGGGCGUAUGGGGUCGCAAGCAGUUACGGGGAGGUCAGGGGGCUGGUCAUGGACUUAGGGGGUGGGAGCACCCAGAUCACAUGGGUGAUGACUGGGGAUGAUGGCGAGGUGAAAAUGUACGAAGGGGGGAGUGUCAGCUUACCCUACGGUGCUGCCGCUGUGAUCAAGCGGAUAGAGCCCGCAGGCCCGCCGGGAAGUCACGGAUUCAGUACAGUCGAGAAAGAGGUGGUAAAUGACCUAAAAGCCGCGGUAAAGCAGAUCGGCGUCCCCAAAGAGCUUCUCCACCGAGAAGAGGGUCUGUCGUUGUACCUAUCAGGCGGUGGCUUCCGCGGAUGGGGCUUUGUUCUAAUGUCAGAACACAGCAUACAGCCAUACCCGAUACCGAUAAUAAAUGGGUUCCGCGUUACGAGGGACGUGUUCCACGAUACACACGCGGUACAGGCAGCUGUCAAAAACGAGGACACACCAGAUAUCUUCCGCGUAUCGCAGCGGCGCGCGAGCCAGGUCCCCGCGGUAGCAUUCCUGGUCGACUGCUUAGCGCAAGCCCUGCCGAGUAUCACGAACGUCUAUUUUUGCCAGGGUGGUGUAAGGGAGGGAAUGCACUUUGCCGAGAUGGAUGCAGGACACAGGAGAGAGGAUCCGCUCGUUGUAGCGACGAAGCCGUAUGCGAGGGAGUCGGUGCGAGAGCUGGUUGACCUCCUGAAGACAGCAGUCGAGCCGCCACCCUCUGCGCAUCGGAGGAUGCUGUUCCAUGCCGCGCUGGUUACGGCCUUCGUGCAGGCGCUCUACGUCCACGCUGCUUUCCCAAAAGAUCUUUGUGCUGGCGCAGCGCUCAGAAGUACCACGACAGGCUUCUUCGCAGCUGCCCAUGGGAUUAGCCAUGAGCAACGUGCUCUUCUAGCGAUUCUGCUCUGCGAACGAUACGGCGGCUUCGACUCCAUCAGUCCUACCGAGCAGGACUUCUACCAGCGGAUGAUCCAGCUGCUUCCGGACGGCUUAGCAUGGUGGUGCAUGUAUCUAGGACGCGUCGCUUCCGUGGUAGCCAGCGUGUAUCCGGCUGGAGUGGUCAGAGAGGAGAGGCUGAAGGUAAAAGUCGGCUGGACGAUGACAGGGAAAGGAAUCGAAAAGCUGUGCAUCGACUUCGCCUUCGCGCAGGCGAUCGACGAACUUGAUGAGAGACUCGAUAACGCGUUGAGAAAGGUAGAGAAAGCGGGCAAGAAGAAACAUUGGGUGGGCGGAACGGGGUAUAAAGUUAUGUUGACUGUGAACGGGAAAGACUAUCGAGGUAGUGAUUGAAGACGAGGGGUGAGAUCCCGUAGAGCGCUGGGACUUAGCG